AGCACACGGGACGGAAGAAAAACGGUGCUGGCUCUGAAACUUGGAUUGCAGUGUCGGAAGAAGGAAAGAAGAAAGGCUCGGAGGGCUCAGAAGACUGGUGUUUUUUUUUUUGGUUUGUCAAAUUAGUGGACCAGUGGAAGAGUCAUCUUUUCGGCAGACGAGCCCCCCUUUUGGUGUGUAACAGCGGCUCUUCUAUUUUGCUCCCUUUUGGUGGCACGCAGAAACAGGCCACGACGUCCGUUUGCUUUUUCUUGAAUUUGGAAGUGUUUAUGUCCAGAAUAGGAUCAAUUUGUGUGAAGAUAAGCUAUUAUUGUGCAAAACAUUUUGCCAGGAAAGUCGUCAACUUUAGUGAAGAACGAGUAUCCUUCCGUGAGUGAGUGAGUGAGUGUAUUGGUGAAGGGUGUAUUGUGUGAGUGGUGUGUGGUGAAUAUUCGACGAGGGAGGGUACGGUGAAAACAAUAUUCCUGGGGUGGAAAACGGAAAGGUUUCGAUUUUCCUGCCUUUUCCUAUCAACGAUCCUGUUAUAGUGAAGCAAGCCAGGGGGAAGAAGCGAAGGUUGAAAAUUCUGGGGAGCAACCCCUGUACACAGUGUAUCCUUUCUUCACCACUCUCACACACCCUACUUCCUUUUUUUUUUGGCAUAUAGCGCUUUUCCACCCUCGUCAAGAAGUGAAAAAUUGAUUGGGAAUUCGUCGUCGUGUCAACUUGAAAGUAAAAUCGGUUUCCUGUUUUUCAUUUUUGAGGAAUAAAUUAAAAUAAAUGUUAAAUUAACAUACAGUGAUAUACUAUAAGGAAACAUAAAAAUAAAUAUUGUAGAAAUUAAGUGAAAAGUGCAUUGAUAAAAAGUCAAUCAAAAUAGUGUGCAGAAGGCAACACAAGAAGAAGAAGAAAAAAAGUCUCCUGCGAAUGAAGAUUGACGAGGAAAAUUGUGGGAUUAAUUAGGAUUAUUCACCGACUUUUCGCUGGUUGGUUUGUUGUAUAGCUGCUGCAGUGAUUCAGUGUAUGUGUGGUGCGUGUGCCAGAAAAGAGGAUACAAUAGCAGCUCAGCGGGCAGGAUUCGUGUUCUAGUGGAAAGCACACAAACACCAAUGUAGGUGAGCGCGAUUGCGGUGGGACGACGAAUUGUAGCGAGUAGCGGAAAAACAGCCUACUUGGAUUAUGUAUACAUCAACAACAACAACAACAAUAGCAGCAGAACAUCAAUAGCAGCACAGCGAAAAUUGCAGCCGAUUCAAAAUAGGAACAGGAAUAAUAAAGAUCACUGCGCAGCACUAUCCUGAGAGCAAAAAAAAACGCAACCCCCGGCAAAAAUGGCAGUUGAAAGCAACCUCUUGAGAAUAGAUUUGCGUUGUUUUGACUGCCAGCAUCGUCACCAUCAACAGACCAAACUACCAUCCGGCCAAGAACAUCAGCAGCACUAGUAGUUGCGGCAACCGGCAGGACACGCUGAUUUGUAUCAACCUAGCGUCUAGUAGUGAGGUUGCACCUUCAGGGAAAAAGUUCCAAACGAGCUGUGUGCCAUUUUACGACAAGCAGAAUAAGGAAGAAACGAACGUGGUGAAAAUUUAUCAACUUUAAACGAACCGAAGCCCUUAUCUACACAAUCACCAUCGGUUCCAUCGUAGACUCAGAGACUUUUUUGUGUGAGCAAAUAAGAUAGGAUGCAAAUUAAUUAAUCCGCACAAAUAACCGUGCUAAUAAGAAAGGCUGAGCAUCCUUCCCUGGUGGUUUCCCGACCGUAAUCAGAUGAAUGUUCUAUCAUCGAUCACAUCCACGUCACCAUCAUCCCAACAUUGCAGCCACCAACCGCGGCACCAUCCCGAAGACACUAGACCUCCAAUUUCGUAAACUGCAACGACAGCAUUUAAUUCGUGCCAAGAUAAUCUGGAAUUAAAUUCUAAGCGAAACCGAGAGUAUCAAGAUUUAGAAGACCGGAACGUAGAUCUACCUUUUUUGUAGAAUACGGCAGUAGCACACACUUUAGGAACGGAACGCACAUAUCCGAUCCCCUCCGACGAACGGUUAAGACCUACGUGCAGUAGGAACGUAGGACAAAAAGACAACUAAAUAGCCCACAGUGUGCCUCUCGUUCAAGCCACAGCAUUUUCCCCUGUCUGACUUUGUCUCCGAAACCGAAACCAAAAGCGACAUUACCUUACUGUAGCCAGUCCCUUAUCGAUAGGAGGACACGCGCGUGUGUGUGUGUGUGAGAUUAAACUAGUUUUAGCGAAAAUGGGCAACAAAUGCUGCAGCAAACGGCAGGAUCAGGAACUGGCCCUCACCUACCCGGGCGGGUACAAGAAGGGCGAAAAUUCCUUCACCUCCAACAUGUCCGGCCCGAAGCACAGCAACGGAGGCGGUGGGUCGCUGGACUCCCGCUACACACCCGACCCGAACCGAGGGCAGUUGAUCAAGGGAAUCCCCAAGGGGGGAGUUGACAUCAUACGACCGAGGACGACACCACUGCACCCCAGUCUCAACACCCGGCGGAUAGUGGUCGCCCUGUACAACUACAAUGCCCGCGAGGAAACCGACGUCAGCUUCGUCAAGGGCGACCGGAUGGAAGUGCUGGACGACACCGAAUCCGAUUGGUGGCGCGUGGUACAUCUGAAAACCCGCCAGGAAGGCCUGAUCCCGUGGAACUUUGUCGCCGAGGACCGAAGUGUCAACAGUGAAGACUGGUUCUUUGAGAACGUAUCGCGAAAGGAGGCAGACAAGCUGCUCCUGGCGGCGGAGAAUCCCCGGGGCACCUUCCUGGUGCGACCGUCCGAGCACAAUCCGAACGGUUUCUCGCUCUCGGUCAAAGACUGGGAGGAAAGCAGAGGCUACCACGUGAAGCACUACAAGAUCAAACCCCUGGACAACGGUGGCUACUACAUCGCAACGAAUCAGACCUUCCCCUCGCUGCCGGCGCUCGUGCUGGCGUAUUCAAAGAACGCCCUCGGGUUGUGUCACGUGCUGUCUAGUCCAUGUCCAAAGCCACAGCCACAGGUGUGGGACCUCGGUCCGGAGCUGCGUGACAAGUGGGAAAUCAACCGGAACGAAAUCCAGCUGAUCCGCAAGCUAGGUCACGGCAACUUCGGCGAAGUAUACUACGGCAAAUGGCGUAACAAUAUCGAAGUUGCCGUCAAGACCCUCCGGGAGGGUACGAUGUCAACACAGGCCUUCCUGCAAGAGGCGGCCAUCAUGAAGAAAUUCCGUCACAGUAGACUAGUCGCGUUGUACGCGGUCUGUUCCAAGGAGGAACCGAUCUACAUCGUCCAGGAGUACAUGUCCAAGGGUAGUCUGCUGGAUUACCUCCGAACGGGUGACGGUCAGUUCCUGCAGUUCGAGGAUCUGAUCUACAUUGCCGCCCAGGUGGCAUCCGGUAUGGAGUAUCUGGAACUGAAACUGCUGAUACAUCGGGACCUGGCGGCCCGGAACGUACUGAUAGGGGAGAACAACGUAGCGAAGAUCUGUGAUUUCGGACUGGCGCGGGUGAUAGCGGACGAUGAGUACUGUCCCAAGCAAGGAUCUCGAUUCCCGGUGAAGUGGACAGCCCCGGAGGCGAUAGUGUACGGCAAGUUCUCAAUCAAAUCGGACGUCUGGUCGUACGGCAUCCUGCUGAUGGAGCUGUUCACCUACGGUCAGGUGCCGUACCCGGGAAUGCACAGCCGCGAGGUCAUCGAGCAGAUCGAACGGGGCUACCGAAUGCCAAAGUCAACGAACCAUCAGCUGCCGGACGACAUCUACAGCCUGAUGCUCAAGUGCUGGGAUGCGAUACCGGAGAAGCGUCCGACGUUCGAGUUCUUGAACCACUACUUCCAGAACUUUACCGUCACCUCGGAGGUGCCCUAUCGAGAGGUGCAAGACUAAGCGCAAGCAGGCGUUUGCAAGUGAGAAUGAGUCUGAGCGAUCUUAUCGGUUUUUUUUUCGAAUUUGGGUUAUUCCGUUCUUUCGGGUAAGUCGUCCUCUCUAUUGCUUCUAGAGCGUAGGAUUAUAAUCAUACAAGCAGAGACAACUGCUGCAAUGUGAAAACGUGACACGAUAAACACUGAGACAUACACACACACACAAACACAAACAUCCAUUUGAAACAUAACACAGCAUCAGCCAAGAGUUGAUCGUAUGUAAGCGUAAAAUGUAGUAUGCAACUGAAGUGAAGAACUACUGUGUUUUUAUUUAAACAAUUAAGCUACAGCUAGCGGAAGUGAGGCAUGAAAAGGCUGUUUUAUUUUUCCUGUAGCCCAAAGGUCGUGAGAUGAAGAGGUGGAGAACAGACGUACCCUGGUGUACGUUGUGUGAUUGUUUACGGUAGGAUUUUUCACAUUGGCUGCGACGUUUUGGACUUUCUGUCGGAGUUGAGUUCGCAUGUGUUUGGUGGGCAACGAUUUUUCUUCAAUACUAUUGGCGGAGGAUGAGCGGAAAUUCUCUGUCGUUAAAGCUGUCUUCAGGCAUGAGCGCGCACGCGGAGCGGAGCGUGAUUUGCAUCCUGUAUUUGAGAGGAGCAUCUGCUGAUUACAAAACAACCGUCAUCCGGUUGCAGCUAUCAUUCGAAAAUCGAUUUCGAUGCUUCGAUUUGAAUGGUUUGAAGUUUCAUUCGAACAGAGGAUGAUGUUUUGGUACAGUGUAGUUGUCUCUCGGUUAACUGUGGAGGCAGGAAUGACUCGUUCGAUUGAGCCUCCGCGGUUAAGAAGGGGAGUUUCUUUUAGAUCUUUUCUUUGUAAGCCAGGGCUAGGACAGGCCUAUCAUUUAUAAUGAAAAAAUUGCCGAAUAAAAUGUCGAUGAUUAGAACAUUUGUCAAAAUGUCAUGCAUUUCUUUAUCACGACAAAAUUGUAAUUUCGCGCGCAUUGAUGAUUCAAGACAACCGAUUGAAAGUUGUCAAAAAUUAUAACAAGCUACAAGCUAAACUUGAAAGUACCCCUUAAUGGGUAAAAGAGAUCCAUUUUUUUAAAUUAGUUAAAUCAUUUUUCUUCAAAAUGGGUAUGUUUUACCCAUUAAUUUGUACUUUCAAGAUAGCGUGCACUCAAUAUUGGAAUUUCCUAAUUAAAAGAAACAAUUCCUUCGUUUAGUAUGCAAGAGAUAUUUUCGUUGCAGUCUUCUGAAACAUGCAAAAUAUAGCCACUGAUCUUGAACACUGAAACAAUUCAACGCCUCACACUUGCAAUUAUUUCUCACACAUAUUUCAUUUCACUUCAAAUGGAAUUUUCUGCAACAGAAUGAUAAAACGUAUGUGCAGCAAUGUGAAAAUGUGUACUAAAAGCGAAACUAGUCGUCAAGCCUGAAAAAAUUAAAACAACUCUUUUGUAAUAUAAUUUUCUUAUCAUUAGUGACAUACAUACACAUAGUUAAGUGGGAAUCAUUCAAGAGCAAAAGCACACACUCAUCUAUUUAGUCCAAUUAUCAUUACCCUUUUCAUUAUCGAAAGGAUCAUACAUAUGGUAGUCCAACUUGUAGUGAAAAAAAAAAUAUCGGAACAUUUAAAAACACGAAUACCAAUACUAUGAACUGCCAUUUUCCCCCCGAAAUUCACUAUCUAUCAUCCGCGCUACAGUUUCAGUUUAGGUAGUUGUUACUUAUUUCGUUAGUUACAAAUCUAUAUUCUUUAUUUCCCAUUGAGAAAAAAAAACACUGAAACGAACACAAUUUUCCAAUCAUGUUCGCAAAGAUUGAGAAAAAUUUCGAAAAUAUAAGCUUAGCAACAAUCUUCUUGUUGAAACAAAGUGCGUAUGUGUGUGUACGCUGUAAAGUAUAAAGCACAUGCCUCUGAAAAAAAAAAAAAUCGCCACUACACUAUCACUAAAUGGAAGCACGCGAGCGAAAGUGUAUAUGAAAUAAGCAUUAUAUAGAAAAGCUACGAGUAUGCAUUAAAACAAACAAACAAGUGAAAACAAACUGUAUCGGUAGGUGAGCGAUAGCAACUGAACACUCUUUUAUGACUAUUUAUAUUUAUAUAAAUUAAUUUACCGAACAUACACACAAUCUGUAGAACUAAAACUAUUACCCAUUUCUUCUCGGUUCGGUUUAAAGUCAUGAUAAGGCAAAGCUAAUUUUAUCAGCGAAACCACAAACAGGAAAUCACACCUUUUACUAUCUCUCUCUAUUGAAUAUCUUUAUCCAAAAAAGAAAAAAAAAAGAAACGGAAGUAAUAGAAGCGUGAAUCGAAAUAAAAAAAAUGUGAAAAAAGCAUUUCUGUCCAGACAAAGCAAAAAAACAAUGAUAGUGAAAAAAGACAAUUGCCAAUAAACAAUAUACAAUACUUCAAAUUUCAACACUACACACAAACACAUUUUCACAAAACAAACAAACAAACAAACAGUACUAGCGAAAAACAAGGUUUUAAGAAAGGACAUACAUACAUUCACAUGAAUACCUACAAAAAAGGAAAAAAAAAAAAGAAAAAGCAAAACAAAUUUUUAACCGAGUUUCCCUCCCAGCGCUAGUGGCGAGAAAUCCGAUUUUUACUAUUAUAGCUGAAAUAUCUGCUGAAUUUUAUAUACAACACACAACAACUACAAAAAUCAUAGAAAUUUGCAAACCCGUUUUUGACAGAACCCAAACCAUACACGUAAUUAUUGAAGAAGAAAUACAUACACACACACACAUACAUACAUACAUACACACCCAUUACCGCAGACUAUAAUUCUGAAGGGAAGAGAACGAAUGCGAAUCCUAGCAGGUAAGGAAAAGUAAAACACUAACUAAGAAAAAUGAGCAUGUUAAAGAAGAAGAAGAAUUAAAAAAAAAACAGUAAUCAUAAGCUAUUCGUAAUAAGAUAAGUUGAACAAAACAAAAUGACAAAAUGACACUCACACGUGCGCACAUAUUCACCACACUCACAGCCGCGGAGAAAACAACAACAACAACAGACAAACAAUGAGUAGGAGAGUAAAAAUUAAAGUGUGGGUUGUGUGAAAACAAAAAAAAAACCAAUUCUAUGUUUAGUGGUUUGUUGUAUGAUAAAUACAAAAAAAUAA